UUUAACGUAGCAAACGGUUCGAAAUGAAGGAUCAAAUAUUUAUCCGAUCGCUUUUACUCGCAUUUUGUAUCUGCGGAAUUGAAGCAAUUACAUUACCCAGGCUGCCGGAAAAUUUGCAGGAUUUUAAAUGUCAGGAGGACGACGUUGGAUUUAAGUUCAACUUAACAGAUUUAGCCGGCACCUGGUAUGAGGCACUCCGAGUGCCCAGUGUCCCGGGAAUGGAGUGCCUGAAUGUCUCGAUUCCCUCGACAGUCAAUGCCAAUAAUCUUACGCUGGAUUUGAGCUACGUCACCAUACUCAAUAACAGUUGGUCCCUCAGCAGGGAAGCCGUGUGCUUUCCUUGGAACAACUCCACCCAGUACGGCAUCUUUUAUCCCGAUGCUAGUGAGGUGUCAUUCAAGCUGGUGACCACCGAUUACGUUUCCAUAGCCGUUGUCUGUGGUUACGGGACCACCUCUGUGAUACCCAUCUUCAAGCUCUUCACUCGAGACCGCGAGGUCAGCCAGGAGAUCUUCGAGCUGAUCAACACGCAGGCCGAGAAUAUUGGUUAUAGCUCCCUGAUCUAUUGGGAGAAGCAAUCCGUGGAGGAGUGCAGGGAACCCAGUGGCCAGGCACCUUUGGCAGCUCUAGUGGGCUUGAUUCUACUUUGUGGCUUAUGCACUUGGGCAAGCAACUACAACUAA